AUGGAUAAGUCUCUGGUACAGUCCCAGAAAGGACCAGAUGGGAAAGUCAUUCCCAAUAACUACUGUGACUUCUGCUUGGGGGGCUCUAACAUGAACAAGAAGAGUGGGCAGCCUGAAGAGCUGGUGUCCUGUGCAGACUGUGGAUGCUCUGGUCACCCAACCUGCCUGCAGUUCACCUUGAACAUGAUCGAAGCCGUCAAGACCUACAAGUGGCAGUGCAUAGAGUGCAAAUCUUGCAUCCUCUGUGGGACCUCGGAGAACGAUGACCAGCUACUCUUCUGUGAUGACUGUGACCGUGGCUAUCACAUGUACUGUUUAAAUCCCCCAGUGGCUGAGCCCCCAGAAGGAAGCUGGAGCUGCCACUUUUGCUGGGAACUGCUCAAAGAGAAAGCCUCAGCCUUUGGCUGCCAGGCCUAG